AUGGCGGAAAAACCCGGGUCGUACUCCGACGUUUAUCGGAGGUUCAAGCCUCAUAUCCUCAUGGUGCUUAGCCAGUUUGGCUACACUUUCCUUUACAUCUUCACGGAUGCCUGCUUUAAUCAUGGUAUGAACCCUCAUGUCCACAUUAUACAUUUUGCGAUUCUCACUCGUUUCGUCUUCGUUAUGGAACUGUUCGGAAUAUUCGAGUUAAAAAAGAGGCCAAAGCUUACUUUUGCCCUUUUUCUGGAGAUAUUUGUUCUCUCCAUCCUGGGGGUGAGUUUGACCCUCAACAUGUACUUCGUUAGCCUGAGGUACAUUUCACCAACAUUCCUUGCAGCCCUGGUGAACACCAUAGCCUCUUUGACAUUCAUAAUCGCGGUUCUAUUCCGAUUGGAGGUCGUUAAUCUUUGGAAUCCUCGAGGAAUAGCCAAAGUUGUUGGCACGUUUGUCUCAUUGAUCGGCGUAACGACGAUGACAUUGUACAAAGGCCCUGCAAUAAAAUCCAUGGGGACAACCCUGGUCCAUAUCCAAGGCAAAUACCCCAUUCAUGAGAAUUGGUUGAAGGGUUCGAUCCUUAUUGUUUGCAGCUGCUUAACUUGGUCUAUAUUGUACAUCAUGCAGGCAUUUACACUGAAACGAUAUCCGGCACCGCUGUCGUUAACGACGUGGAUGAGCUUCGUCGGAGCAGCACAAUCGGCGGUUUUCACCGUCGUUGUGAAUCAUGAACCGGCUGCUUGGAAAAUCGGAUUCAAUAUCGAUUUCUGGGCUACUAUAUAUAUGCUGUAAGCAGAGUACUAAUCAACAGGAGUGGUUUGCUCCGGUUUGAUAAUCUACAUUCAACUGUGGUGCACCGAGGAGAAAGGGCCGGUGUUCGUGACCAUGUUCAAUCCCCUCUCAACACUGCUCGUGGCGCUUCUCGGGUACUUCGUCCUCGGCGAAAAGCUUUAUAUCGGCAGCAUUUUAGGGGGAGCAGUUGUGAUCGUUGGCCUGUAUCUGGUCCUGUGGGGCAAAGAUCAUGAUCAGGAAGCUCAAGUCGGACCGGACGAGCCGUCGUACUUGGCGUACGACCACAAAAUCGACGGUAAAGCGAAUAAAAUCGUUGCAGCUGAGAAGGAAGGAACUCAACCAGAGAACCAUGAAGAAUUCCCCUAUGCCAUGAAGACCAGCAUAUGUAAUUUGAUUACAAGAAGAAUCCCAGAAAUUAUAAAAAUGGGAGAAUAUGAGGAAAUUAGAUAGUUUUAAAUACAUGAUCUGUAAAUUAAUGUUCUAAAUUCCAGCCUGCUUCAUCCCUUCAAGCA